GAAGACGUGGGGAUCAUGAAGAGAAUUGGUUUUGAUGCCUAUCGGUUCUCAAUCUCAUGGUCCAGAGUGCUACCACAUGGGAAUCUAAGUGGAGGUGUUAACUGGGAAGGAAUAAAGUACUACAACAACCUCAUAGACGAGCUAAAAAACAAGAGUCUUGAGCCUUACGUGACUCUAUUCCAUUGGGAUGUUCCUCAAGGUUUAGACGAGCUGUACGGUGGUUUCUUGAGUCCUAAAAUUGUGGACGAUUUUCGUGACUAUGCGGAUCUUUGCUUCAAGUCUUUUGGCAAUCGAGUGAAGAACUGGAUCACCUUGAAUGAGCCAUUGAGCUUUAGCAGUGCUGGGUAUGAUGGCGGUUAUUUUGCUCCUGGUCGAUGCUCUUCUUGGCGGCAAAUUAAUUGCACAGCGGGUGAUUCAAGCACUGAACCAUAUAAUGUGUCACACAACCAGCUUCUUGCUCAUGCUACUGCUGUAAAAUUAUACAAAGAGAAGUAUCAGGCACAACAAAAGGGAAAGAUAGGGAUUACUCUUAUUUCAACCUGGAUGGUACCUUAUUCAAAUUCGAGUCUCGAUCGUCGUGCUGCGGUUCGAGCUUUAGAUUUUAUGCUUGGAUGGUUUAUGGGCCCAAUUGUAGAUGGUGAUUAUCCUCUCACCAUGCAAGCUCUUGUUAGAGAGAGACUUCCAAAGUUCUCUGCAAAUGAGUCCGAGAUGCUAAAGGGGUCAUAUGAUUUCAUUGGCAUAAACUACUACUAUGCUCUUUAUGCGGCUCAUAAUACCAACUACAGUGCUGUAAACUCAAGUUACACUACAGAUUCUCGAGCCACUCUAACAUCUGCCAGAGACGGAGUUAAUCUUGGUGAGCAGCUGGGCUCCAUGUUGGUUUAUCCGAGAGGGAUUUGGAAUCUUCUACUUUACGUGAAGAGAAAAUAUAAUAAUCCAGUUAUUUACAUAACGGAAAAUGGGUGUUCUGAGAACAAUAAUGCCACGUUGUCACUUCCUGAAGCCCUCAAUGACAACUUUAGGGUGAAGUACUACUAUCAACAUCUGGCUUUUGCUCUAAAAGCAAUCAAGAACGGCGUCAAUCUGCAUGGAUACUUCGGGUGGUCAAUAAUGGACAAUUUUGAAUGGAAUUCGGGUUACACUACUCGUUAUGGCAUCAACUACAUAGACUAUAAUGAUGGGUUAAAAAGAUAUGAAAAACUCUCAGCCCAGUGGUUCAAGAAAUUUUUACUAAAAUAAGGACGUUGUAAUA